AUGCCCCACUCGCCCCCUGCGCAUGCCCAGAGCCACACAAAACCCUCCUCCGCGUCCCGGAGAGGCUCCAACGGCCCCGCGCGAGCCGUAGCGGCCCCCCCCUCGCGCCUUCGCAGCCCGGCUCGGCCUCGGGCCCCCCCCUCCGAACGUCACUUCCGCUCCCAGGAAGGUCAGGAACCACCUCUCCCAGCCUGCCCCGGGGGGCCUUUCCGCCCUCCCCGGCACAGGCUGCAGAAUGACGUCCAUGUUUCGCUCCAACUCAUCCCAUCCUCCCAUGGCACAGGGAAGAGACAUGGCUGUAGUGGAGCCUGCUCAGAGGCCGGUGACCUUCGAGGAGGUGGCUGUGUAGAAGAGUGGGCUCUGCUGGAACCUGCUCAGAGAGCCCUCCACAGAGACGUCAUGCAGAAGAACUAUGAGAAUGUGACCUCGCUGGCAGGUGAUGCAAUGGCAUGUGACAAAGAGGAGCAGAAUUCUCAGCAGGAAAAUGUUGAGCAAGUGGAUAAAGACAGAACACUAUUGCAAAGACCAAAAAGGAAUGUGUCCAGGAGUCAUGAGCAGGAAAAAUCCUCUGAGAUUCAGCACAGACCAGAAAGAGAGCAGGGAAACCAGCCAGGGGAGGAAGUGGGUAAAUUAAUUUUGUGUCAAGGAACUCAGAAGGACUUCAAGGAAACCACAACGCAGCAGGAAAUCCUCAGGGGAAAGAGAAAAAAUACAUGCACUGAGUGUGGGAAAACCUUACGUCACUACUCAGCCCUUAUAAAGCAUCAGAGAAUCCACACAGGUAAGAAACCCUGUGAAUGCAGUGAGUGUGGGAAAACCUUCAAACGCAGCUCAAACCUUAUUACCCAUCAGAGAAUCCACACUGGGGAGAGGCCAUAUAAAUGCAGUGAGUGUGGGAAAACCUUCAAUCACAGUUCACACCUUAUUACCCAUCAGAGAAUCCAUACAGGAGAGAGGCCAUAUAAAUGCAGUGAGUGUGGGAAAACCUUCAAUCACAGUUCACACCUUCUUAGGCAUCAGAGAAUCCACACAGGAGAGAGACCCUAUGAAUGCAGUGAGUGUGGGAAAAGCUUCACUUGCACUUCAGACCUUUUUCAACAUCAGAGAAUCCACACAGGGGAGAGGCCCUACGAAUGCGGUGAGUGUGGGAAAACCUUCACUACCAGCUCAGCCCUUUCUGAACAUCAGAGAAUCCACACCGGCGAGAGGCCUUAUAAAUGCAGUGAGUGUGAAGAAAGCUUCCCUAGGAGUUCAGCCCUUUCUGAGCAUCAGAAAAUCCACACCGGUGUGAGACCCUAUGAAUGCACUGAGUGUGGGAAAACCUUCAAUCGCAUCUCGACCCUUAUUAGGCAUCAGAGAAUCCACACAGGGGAGAGGCCCUAUGAAUGCAAUGAGUGUGGGAAAAACUUCACUCACAGAUCAGCCCUUUCUGAACAUCAGAAUAUCCACACUGGUGUGAGACCCUAUGAAUGCACUGAAUGUCGGAAAACCUUCAAUCGCAGCUCGAACCUUAUUAGGCAUCAGACAAUCCACACAGGAGAGAGGCCCUAUAAAUGCAGUGAGUGUGGGAAAAGUUUCACUUGCACUUCAGACCUUUUUCAACACCAGAGAAUCCACACAGGGGAGAGGCCUUAUGAAUGCCAUAAGUGUGGGAAUACCUUCUCUUGGCACUCAGCCCAUGUUAGGCAUCAGAGAAUCUGCAAGGGAGAUCAACACCAUAAAAACCUCUAGGGCUAUGCAUACUUUUUUUUAUUUAAUACUUUUCCUGAUUCCCACAUAGUAACUUUUAAAGCUGUUUGAACUGUUUGCAGUAACAUUAUCCCUUAGCUUGUCCAGAUGAGUGGCCCAUUUUUGCCUUUUGAUGUUCACCCUGUUUUGAAGUUGACCCAUUUGUCCUUCCUAUCAACUCCAUUGUCCCAUGAGUAAUUCAAGUGUCCCCUUCCUACCAGGAGCCAGGGAGCGUCACAUUUACACCAUUCCUGUUGCAAAGUUAUUGUUAGUCACCCAUGAUACAGUUUGUAUCAUUGCCAGUUGUUCUCGCGUUGUUCUGGGUUGUGCUGAAGAGCAGUUAUAUUGGGAACUUUUCAAAUGAUAUUUAAAUGAAGAGGAGCAGGGGCAAGAAAAAGUGUCCUUUCAGCCUCUGUGACACUGGAAGGAGAUGGGGAGACUCAGAGAUUCCCUACUUCCCCAUCACUGCAGAACUGUUACCUUUUGUCUGAGCCAUGCAGAGUUUAUCUUCAUCACAUGCUAUCCCUCCACUUCUCAAAGUGUCAUGUGAGGAAGAGUUCUCAUCUGUCUGUGCUUGGAGAUGAUGCUUUGGCUUCUUUAAUCCUAUAUCAGAGUCACUAUGACUGGAGAUGAAUGUCAAAGACCUGGAAGGGGAAUUCAAAUGGAUCCCAAACACAGUGUGAUCAUUUGGAGUUAAAAAUCCCAGGUUCCAUCUAUUGGUAAAGCCACUUCUGGCAAGGUGGCUGUUUUGUCCCCCAUUAUUUGGAUGCUAGGAUACUAAAAAUGUUGUAAAUAACACAACUGACUAUUGAGACAAUGCUGAGUGAAGUAUGUUUGAAUGGAUCAGAGGAGAAUGUGAUGGGAGAAUCUCUUGUCCUGAUUCUGAAUAAUCAGACGUAACCUGCUCCAGAAUUUCACUUGACACUUUCAUUGUCAUGUAUUCUAUCUCUCUGUGAUGUGCAUUUCUAUUUUUCCUGAAGGCUGUUUGGUCAACCAAUUGGAUAUUCAGUUUGAUAGGAUAUAGCUCAGAUUUAUUGGAGAAUUUAAGACAAAUGACCAUUUGCUAAAGUCAUAGUUUCUCACUUCAGCUUUGCUUUUUCCCCACCCCUCCAUGAUGACAUGGAGAAAGUUCGAGUGCAGUUCUGUUAACAGGGGAGAACUUGCCAAUUUACUGGACAUGCUAACAGAGAAACAGCAGCGAUUUAAAACCUCUACUUGGAAAUGGUGAACAACAGCAGAACCCCAACUAAUUGGAGGAAGUGCAUGUGAUCACAGUGUAGUUCAAUUGUUGAAGUCAAUAUUGUCUCUGAUGAUCUGGGAAGAGAAUUUCAUGGUAAGUGAUUUUGAACUAGGCAAAAUGCCCAUGUAUUUUAUUCCCAAAGCAUGUGUAACCCAGGCCCAACAGAAGAUCUCUCCUAGCUAAUCUUGUAUUAUGGAAGAUGCUGCCCUUCAUGACACUGAAGUUGAGGAAAUAGAAGUGGGGUUUUUGUUGAAUUUAUCUUUUGUGGAUGCUAAAAAUGUGUAUAAAAUUAAAUCAGUUUUGGAAAUCUAAUAGCUGCAGAAAAAUAGCUAUUUUUGAAUAGAAACUCCAGCUCUGGUAACAGAGAUUCUGAUUCAGGCCUGUAUCCACCAAAUUAAAAAAAAGCUGGGCAUGUUUUGGGAAGCCAUUUCUCACUAACACUGUUGAGAUUUUGAGUGGUUUUGUAAAGGAUUCUACUUCAGAGAUGUCAUAAAUAUAAAGGGAAGGGUAACCACCUUUCUGUAUACAGUGCUAUAAAAUCCCUCCUGGCCAGAGGCAAAACCCUUUCACCUGUAAAGGGUUAAGAAGCUAAGAUAACCUUGCUGGCAACCUGACCCAAAAUGACCGAUGAGGAGACAAGAUACUUUCAAAUCUGCAGUGGGGCGGGGGGGGACUAAGGGUUUGGUCUGUCUGUGUGAUGCUUUUGCCAGGUACAGAUCAGGAAUCUAGCUGGAACAGGCGUUAGAUUUUCUUUUGUUUAAUGGCUUGUAAAAUAAGCUGUGCUGGAGGGAAUGUAUAUUCCUGGUUUUGUGUGUUUUUGUAACUUAAGGUUUUGCCUAGAGGGAUUCUCUGUUUUGAAUCUGAUUACCCUGUAAUCCUGAUUUUACAGAGGUGAUUCUUUUACCUUUUUUUUAAUUAAAAUUCUUCUUUUAAGAACCUGAUUGAUUUUUCAUUUUUCUUAAGAUCCAAGGGUUUGGGUCUGUGUUCACCUGUACCAACUGGUGAGGAUUAUUAUCAAGCCUUCACGAGGAAAGGGGGUGUAGGACUUGCAGGGGGGAAUAUUUUGGCAGAAGACGUCUCCAAGUGGUCUCUUUCCCUGUUCUUUGUUUAAAAUGCUAGGUGGUGGCAGCAUACUCAAGGACAAGGCAAAGUUUGUAGCUUGGGGAAGUUUUUAAUCUAAGCUGGUAAGCAUAAGAUUAGGGGGUCUUUCAUGGAGGUCCCCACAUCUGUACCCUAGAGUUCAGAGUGGGGAAGGAACCUUGACAAGAGAACUGUAAAUUUACCCUAACCAAUGCCAAGGAUUUGGGAAGAACUGGGAUUGAAAGAGUCCACACCCAGUUCUUCGUUUCCACCCCAGUAAAGGAAACUAUGGUGACCAAUGACCCAAGGAAAAUUGUUUGUACAACUCCACUUCCUAGUGCAGUGUCACUGAUUACAGUUCCAGAGGAUACCAGGGUUAGACUGAGAACAAUCAUCCUUCAUUGUUUGGAUCCAAAGAGAGAGUGCUUCAUAGGACAUUCCUUCCCCGUGGAUCCCAAACUGGCUGCCUGAGUGGGUAACAAGGACUUUCAGGCUGUAGAAAUGAUGGAAACCAAUGAGGCAACGAUCGUGUCAGGCUCCAAUUUCAGACUUCCGGAUACUCGCAUGCUGAGUCCUGAUUCUCUGGUUUUGUGUCUGACGCGACGGCUACACAAUAAAGCUGAUGUUGGCGCAGCUGCACCGAUUUGUAGCUGUGCUGGUCUAGCAUUGUUAUUACAGAUGCUCUCUGCCAAGGAGAGAGAUCUCUCCCGUCGGACUUGAUUAGUCCAGGCCCCGCAAGCGGCGGUGGCUGUGUUGGCAGGAGAAGCUCUCCCGCUGACGUAGCGCCAUGUACACGGGGGGUUAGAGCUUUGUAACUACGUAGCUCAGCGGUGUGGAUUUUUCACACCCCUGAGCAAUAUAAUAGCGUAAGGAGUUCUGGUAGAAAACCUCACCCCAAAGGUUGGGGUCGGAGAAUGUGUGUGAGAAAUAGUGUAUAUGAGAGAAUAUUGGCCCAGUAUAGAUUUUAAUUUUUUGUAUUUCAAUAGAACUUAUUUUGCUAAGCUUCAAAGUCCAUUUUUAUUAAAAGGAAAACUACUCAAGGGGACAAGAUGUAUAACCUUUUACCCACUUAGACUGUAAGGGUCACUGACUUCCCCACUUCUCUAAUUUGGAAAAGAGAUGCAUGACAUCUGUCAGGAUGUGUCCAGCAGCUAGGAAAGCUGCAAUCACCACCAUCAAUAUCAAGGAAAAGGCUGAAGUCCAUUGGCUUUCAUAUCAUAGAAUCAUAGAAUAUAAGGGUUGGAAGGGACCCCAGAAGGUCAUCUAGUCCAACCCCCUGCUCGAAGCAGGACCAAUUCCCAGUUAAAUCAUCCCAGCCAGGGCUUUGUCAAGCCUGACCUUAAAAACCUCUAAGGAAGGAGAUUCUACCACCUCCCUAGGUAUCAAAAAGCCAUCUAAAGGAUGAUCUACUCUGAAAAGCUAUGUGGACAUAGCCACAACUCUCAGGGGUGUGAAAAAUCCACUCCACUGAGAGAAGUAGUUAAUAUGACCUGAGCUCCAAUGUAGACAGUGUUAAGUUGUCAGAAGAAUACUUCUAGUGUUUGAAGUGUAGACGUAGCCUUAAUCAGUUUAGUCAGCCCUAUGGGAAGCAAGUCAUGACAUCAAUUUCAAUUUUGACCCUUCUUCCUGUUUGUGAGAAAGCUCCUAAUAUGGAGGGCUGAGCCAGCUGUCCAAUCGCCUGGUUUCUCAACUGUAGCUACAGCUCUUAGUACCCAUCCAUCCAAAGACUGAGAGAAAUGGAGAGUUCCAAUCGUUGUCAUUUUUGUAGCUUAUUGUUCCUUUCUCUGUUUUUUGUGCUGGCCUUUCUGUUAUACCAGGGUGUGACUGUAUAGCUCAGUGCAUGUGUGACAAAAGCUCAUUGGUGCCAAUUGGCAAAGGGGUCAUGGUUAUUCAAAAGCAACUCCUGUCUCAGGCCUGACAAACUCGCCACACCUAAUACACUGAUUUUAUUAUAUUUAUCCAGGAAGCAUAGCAGUGAGAUUUCUACCGAAAGCUUGUAAAUUAUUCUUACUCCUAAUCAGUAGCCAGUCAUGCAAUGUAUUGUGCAAUUGUCAACCUUUGCACCAACCCAGAAAACCCUGUGGAAAACUAUCAAAGACUAACUAUAGACACUGAAACCCUGUGGAAGUGAAAAGGACAAUAUGACAAUGAGAUUGUCCUUUCUGUGAAUAAAGACAAAAGACUUAAUCAGUUUAUAACAGGGUGGAGAAAAACACUCUGGAUCUAUUCACCAAGGAUAUCCCUAAUGACCAGUCGUGCUUCAUGAAAGGCAGGGCCCUGUCUCCUAGGGACUAGCAAUUACCGCAAUAGACUGAAGUUUGAAGUGAGAAUCUACUUAGAUAGGAAAGGUAACUAUUAAAAAGUGUAGGUUGCAUUUUGUGAUUUUGUUCUGUUGGUAACGGUUGAUUUCCAUCACUCACGUUUGUUUGUGUUUAAAUCUGUAUCCCUUGUUAAAUAAAUUUUCCAUUUCUUUGAUAA